UCAGUUUUCUCGUAACAUUUGUGACGUAGUGGCGCGAAUAACAAGGCAAACUUCACAAUUAAUUCAAAGUAGCAACAAAAAAUUUAAAAUGUUAGCGUAUUCGGCACAUUUGCGACAAGUUAGCUGCCAGUAAAAAAAAUCAUGUAAAAUGAAGUUUUUUGAUUUAGCUUAUCGGCCGGUAACUAGCUACUACCUUCGUGUAUGUUUUGUAGAGUUAGCUUGGACUGUGUGACAGUGACAGCAACAUUUUCUAUUGUUAUUUUCUUCUACUAGUUUGUAACUCACUAGUCUUUCAGUAAAUUAUCCCAUUUGUGUAUUUUUGGUGGUUUUGGAGCUCCAAGAGGAGGUUGUCCGCCGCCAUGUCGAAAUCAGACAAGGAAGCUUUCAUUGUCAAGUUUGUUGAAAGCAAAGGACAGACUUCAGAGUAUGCUGCCAAAGCUUAUGAGGCAAUUGUGGAGCUUCAGUCUGAGAAGUACAUUAAGAAAAUAGAUGAGGACACUGUGUUAAAAAUGGAGCAAAAGGACAAGUCCCUGUUUGUCUUCACAGACUUUGAUACUCCUGCUUUCCAGCACUGCAAAAAUCUUGGUUGCCGAAUCGUGAGCCCGCUGGUAGUAGUAUUCUGCCUGCAGCAUCAACGUUGCGUGCCCAAAGCGGAGAAGCCGGUGUACAACAUGGCCAUGGCUGACGUUACCAUAUCCUGCACGAGCCUGGAUAAAGCGGCAAGGGCUGAGAUGAUGGAUCUGGUGCAGCUCAUGGGCGGGCGCAUUUAUCUGGACCUGAACGUGUCCGUCACCCACCUGAUCGCCGGCGAGGUGGGCAGCAAAAAGUACCUGGUAGCUGCCAGCCUGGGCAAACCUAUCCUGCUUCCUUCUUGGGUCAAAACCUGUUGGGAGAAAUCGCAAAACAGUCUGUUCAGGUACACCGAGCUGCCCAUGGAGGACCAUCAGUGUCCUAUUCUGCUGGGCUGUACCGUAUGCGUGACGGGUCUGUCCAGCACCGAGCGGAAAGAAGUCCAACGUCUCUGCGAGCAGCACGGGGGCAGCUACACUGGUCAGCUGAAAAUGAACGAGUGCACUCACCUCAUUGUCAGGGAGCCCACAGGCCAGAAGUACGAGUGCGCGCGCAAAUGGAAGGUGUUCUGCGUGGCUCUGCACUGGCUUUUCGACAGCAUCGAGAAGGGUUCCUGUCAGGAUGAGUCUCGCUAUACGGUGGAGCGCGGCGCCUCAAAAAGCAAACGGCCCAACACGUCCACCCCCACCGACUCGAACAAAAAUGAUGACGGUGUUUCUCUGCUGGGUUUGAGCCACAUCUCCGUCAAUGCUAGCAUGACGGUAAACCAGACGUCCCUCACGAAUUCAACCGUAAGCCGGGUAGAAGCUCCAGACCCGAUAGACAAUCUGGAUGUGACCGUGUGUCCUACAGAGGACGUUUUGGACGGCUGUAAGCUGUAUCUCUGCGGCUUUCCCAUGAAAAAGCUGGAGAAGCUGCGUCGCUUGGUGAACAGCGCGGGAGGGCUCCGCUUCAACCAGCCUGGGGAGGAGCUAACGCAUGUUGUCAUGGGAGAACCGGACCAGGACCUUAAGAUUUUUCUGUCCAAAGCAACUCAUAGACCUCACGUGGUGACAGUCCAGUGGCUGCUGGACAGCAUCACCAAAGGCCGUCUCCUCCCAGAAGAUGAAUUCCUCCACCUCGACUGUUUGCCUCCUGAGCCGGCCAAGGUGCUAGCGGCAUCGGCCAGUCGUACGCUCAGCUCCAGGCUAUCAGUGGAACCACCCGCCGCUAGUCCCGUCACCCCGAGACAGAAACAGGCAGAGGAGGACCUUCUCUCGCAGUACAUGGAUGACAACCCGACCAUCAUUGACGUCCAACCACCGGCCGAGCAAGACAGCACCCUCAACCACAGCGCCUUCACCGUGCAGGAAGGCACCGAGGCUCCAAUCUUUGCCGGAAAACGUUUCCUGCUGCAGGGCUUCGCCCCAGAGGCCGAAGCCCAGCUCUCCCAGCUGGCUAUGGAGAACGGUGGCCGAGUUCUAGUGAGCCGCAUGCGUGCCGUCGCCGACUACGCCGUAGUACCGCUGUUGGGCUGUCCCGUGGAGGCAACCGUCGACGAGGUGGUCACUGAUACAUGGCUGGCCAUGUGUGUGGAGGCAGAGUGUCUCCUAGAUGUUUCCUCAAACCCUCUGUUCACUCCCGUUCCCGUCAUGGACGGACGUCUCCCCCUCAGGGAUUGCAUCCUCUCUGUCAGCCAGUUUACAGGAGCCGAGAGGGAGUCGCUGGUGGAGCUAGCCAAGCACCUUGGAGCUAAUGUCCAGGACUACUUUGUGCGCUUGGCCAACCCUAAGAAAGGAAUGCUGGCAAGCACGCACCUGGUACUCCAGAGCCCCGACGGCACCAAGUACCAGGCGGCCAAGAAGUGGGGGCUCCCGGCGGUCACGAUGCAGUGGAUUAUGGCGUCGGCCAGGAUUGGAAUCAAAGCGGACGAAGCACGCUUCCUGGUUGACCGGCCACCUUCUCCGGAGACUGAAGAGGAAAGUUUUGUCGGCGCCUCCCAGAAGAACUCCAUGCCCCCACCCCAACCAGCGUGCCACUCCCCGGACAUCCCGCUGCUUGGUCCUCAGGGCGGCAAGGCAGUCACGCCGCUGGACGCGGGACGCUUCCAGAGCAAAGUGUUCCGAUCCGUGCUGGACCAGAUGAAGUCCAAAGAGGAUGCCGGCACGCCCGGGCAGAACAAAGGGGGCGGCCGGGGGAAGCCUCUCGCUAAGGAGCCCUCACUGCAGCUAGACACUCCGUCCCGCUUCCUCAGCAAGGAUCAACUCUUCAGGCCUUCGUUCAAUGUCAAGGAUACCUUGGGGGCACUGGACACACCAGGUGGGAGAUCCAAACCCAGCGAGAGGGCGGAGACGCCCCUGACGGAUGUCGUCAACAGGAACCUAAAGGUGGCUCUGGCCAACAGCGCCCGCACUGGUGAUAUUACAGACAUGCAAGCGGCCUCUGCCAGUCCCCAGUUCAACAACACUAGCAAGGAGGAUGUCCGAAAGGACUCGGGCCCGCUGACCGGUGUUGUAAUCUGCGUGGGGAAAAAGCUGAGCAAAAUGCAGAGUGAGCUUAACGCCACGGCCGCCUCUCUCGGAGCAGACUUCAGAUGGUCCUGCGACGAUUCCGUCACCCACUACAUCUACCAUGGCCGAGUAAACGACAACAACCGAGAAUACCGAGGCGUGAAGGAAAGGGGGCUUCAUGUCGUCUCGCAACACUGGCUCGAAGCUUGCGCCGAGGAGCAGAAGCACGUCCCGGAGUCUUUGUAUCCUUGCACCUACAACCCCAAGAUGAGCCUCAACCUCAGUCAAGUUCCCGGUAGCUCGCAGAGGUCGCCGCCUUUGACGCGAACGCAACGACAAAGCAUCGCCGAAGCCCAGGAUGACAAAGUAGGCCCAAAUACGAGUUCUGAGCUCAAGGCCACAGACGACACCACCAUUUCUCACCGUUUGAGCGAUGGAAGUGAAGAUCAAGAGGAGCUUACGGAAAAGACCGAAGCUUCUGAGACUCAGAUGCAGAUGAGAGAAGACCUGCAAAAAGCGCUCCAAGAGAUCAUGUCGGCCACCAAGAUGACGACCGGCAGGCGGACUUCCGUGCGGCUCGGUCGGAUGAGGUCUACGGGGGCCGACUCCACCCCCAACACUCCCGGCGGGAGCAGGCGCACUCUGGAAGCGUUAAGGGUCUCAAGGGCAGCCGCUAUGGACAUGAACACGGAACCCUCGCAGAGCGAGCAGAUCGUUUGGGAUGAUCCGACGGCACGGGAAGAGAGGGCAAAACUGGCCGACAACCUGCAGUGGCCCGGUAGCCCCUCGCAGUACUCUGAGCCUCUGGCGCUGCCGCCGGCAAACCACACGCAUCUAAAGGACUCGAUGACUGACUCGGAACUAGUGGAGAUGGCGGCUUGUGAUGUCAUCAACCAGCAAACGGGAAAAACGUCUUCAGCCUCCGAGCAAGAGGAGCCUCAAAAUAAGAUUGUGACUCCAGAUGGUCCAAGCGUAGCCUUCCCUCUCGCAAAACCCGCACUCGCUCCCGAGCCUGAGAACAAAAAGCCGAGGACGCCACCCAGAUUCCAGCUGUCCUCGCUCGAUCGUCAGGAACGUAUCGAUUACAGUCACCUAAUCGAAGAGCUAGGUGGCGUCAUCCUGGACAUGCAGUCGUUCGACCCCAGCUGCUCUCACAUCAUCGUCGGCAAGCCCCUACGCAACGAGAAGUACUUGGCGGCCAUGGCGGCCGGCAAAUGGAUCCUACAUCGCUCGUAUCUGGAAGCCUGCCGAUCUGAGGGUCGCUUCAUACCGGAGGAGGACUAUGAGUGGGGGAGCAGCACCAUCUUGGAUGCGUUGCCCUCCGUCAGUUCGCAAGAGAGGUGCUUAGCGUUGGCGGCUAUGAGGUGGAGGAAAGCCCUGCGCGGACCCUUGGAACAGGGGGGAGCCUUCACCGGAUGGACGGUGAUGCUAAACAUCGACCAGGCCCGAGAAGCCGGAUUUCGGCGGCUGCUGGAGUCGGGCGGGGCCAAGGUGCUGCCUCGCGCCUCGCCUUCCGCGUACAAGGCGGCCACACACCUGUUCGCCGAUUUCACCCGCCUCCGUCCAGGAGACUUCCGGGCAGAUAUUUCCGAGGCCUCCGCCCUGGGAGUGACGUGCCUAAAGCCCGAGUACAUCGCCGACUACCUCAUGCAGGAGCCCAUCCCUCCCACGACGCGCUACCUCCUCGACGAAGACGAACCCGGCACGCCGUCACGUAAACGCAAAGGACCGGAGCAAACCUCCCGCCUGAAAAAGUCUCGUCUGUGCUGAAAACACUGCUUUGUAUUCUCACCCUAUCAAAUUUUGUAAAUAAGAUGCGUUUUUCAUAUGAAAUAAAGUAACA